UCGCACACAGACAGCUAUCCAAAACGCCAAAACUGUGUCCAACACAGCUCCCAAACACAACACUUCCCCCAAUUCCCCAUUUCUAAAUUCUAAUCUCUAAAGUAAAAACCCAAAACACAAAACAAAUUAACAAACACCUUGCAUGCACGAUUUCAGGUUCUCCACAGUACUCUCACUCUGUGUCACUCACACACGCACACACACUCUUCGUCUUCCUCGAAAUAGUAAGUCAACCUCUUGAACCCUGUGAAUCGCGAAAAAAAAAAAUGUCGUCGUGGAUAAGAUCUGCGGUGAGCAAGGCCGUCGAGGUCGGCAACAAGAACAACCUCACUCGCACCGUCAAGAACUACGCCGACACCGUCGUCCACCACGCCGGCCAAGCUGUCGCUGAAGGCGCUAAAAUCCUUCAAGAUCGCAUUGGGGCUCGGAAUUAUAGAAGUGUUAAGCUGACCGUUAAAAGGUUGGAAGAGGCUGCUGUUUCAUGUAGGGGCCCUGAAAGAGUUCAGUUACUAAGAAGAUGGUUGGUUGUGCUUAAAGAGGUUGAAAAAUUAUCUGGACUUCCCCUUGAGGAAAAAGAGAAGCCCCAUGAACAACAGGUUGCUUCAGAUGAAGCAAAGGAUAGCCCAAGAAGACCACCUCUGGUUCUGUACUAUGACUCUGAUAUUGGUGGUGAACCAAUGAAUUUUCAUGAUGUUUUUCUUCAGAGCCAGGCUUUGGAGGGCAUAACACUGUCUAUGAUUCUUGAAGCACCAACUGAAGAUGAAUUUUCUCUGCUCCUGGAGAUGUUUGGGAUCUGUCUUACUGGAGGAAAAGAAGUUCAUAAUGCAAUAAUGAGCAGUAUACAGGAUCUGGCAAAAGCCUUUUCAAGCUAUGAAGAGGAAGUCUUGGUGAAGCGGGAGGAGUUGCUUCAAUUUGCACAGGGUGCCAUUACAGGGUUGAAACUUAAUGCUGAUAUUGGAAGAAUAGAUGCUGAAGCUGUUAGUCUCAAGAGAAAGCUUGAUGAAAUUGCAGCUCCCCAGAAGCCUUCAGAUGAAGGCCAUGAACAAACAUCUCAAGAAACAACUUUAGCUACAAUAGAGGCUUUGAAAGAAGCACUUGCACAAAUUCGAGUUUGUUCUAGAUUGGAAGGGCUGUUACUGAAAAAGAAAUUCCUAAACAAUGGAGACACUCCAGAGGUUCAUGCUCAAAAGGUUGAUAAGUUAAAGGUCUUAUCAGAAUCUCUUGCUAGCUCUGCUGCAAAAGCUGAAAAACGUAUUUCCGAUCAUAGAUUGCAACAAGAAGAAGCGUUAAAAGUUCGUGUGACCAAAGCAAGUGAAGUUAGUGAAAGAGAAAAGGAAUUAACAACUGAGAUAUCAGAACUUGAAAGACAAAGGGAUGGUCUUGAAGCUGAAUUGAAAAAGGUUAAUAUAUCCUUGGCUGCUGCUAAUGCACGCCUUCACAAUGCCAGAGAAGAGAGGGACCAAUUUGAGGAAGCUAACAAUCAGAUUGUUGCACACUUGAAAACGAAGGAAAAUGAGCUUUCCAAAUCCAUAGCCUCAUGUAAGGUAGAAGCAGGUGUUCUCAGUACAUGGACUAAUUUCCUGGAAGAUACUUGGGUUCUCCAACGCUCGUAUGUGGAAAUUAAGGAGAAGCAGGUCAAUGAUGAAUUGGAGAGGCAUGAGGACUAUUUUGUGAACAUGGCCAUUCAUCUCCUUUCUAAUUACAAGAAAGAGUUGGGGCCUUCAAUCAGCCGUAUACGGAAAUUUGUGGAGAACCUGAAGAAUUUGAGUGACGGGUCGGAGAAGGCACCUACUUUGGAUAAUGCUGAUUCCACAGUAUUAAACCCUAGGAAAAAUCUCGAGGAGGAAUAUUUGGAUUAUGAAGCCAAGAUCAUAACCACCUUCAGUGUAGUGGAUAACAUGAAGGAGCAGUUUUAUGCUCAGCAAGGCAAAAUUUCCAGGAAAGAUGAUCCAAAGGUCAAGGAGCUUUUUGAUGAAAUUGAAAAGUUAAGAGCAGAAUUUGAGUCUAUUGAGAGACCAAAUUUAGAAAUGGAGACUCCGACCCCGAAGGAUGAAACUCAAUCUAGUGAGAACCCACAGAAAACUCCAUCCCCUCCUCCAUUGCCAGAUUCUGAGACACCAAGAGCUGGUAUAGAUGAACAGCCCAAGUCACCUGCAAUCAAGGCGGAGCAGGUGCUAGAUACUGAGGCAGAACUGGCAAAAUUGGAGUCAGAGUUUGGAAAGGUUGGUCGAGACUACUCUGCAGAGGAGAUUGGUGACUGGGAAUUUGAUGAGCUUGAAAGAGAAUUAACAGCUGGUGAUUCAGCGACAAGCAAAUAAACUUUUAGCUCUCCUACACAGAUAUCCAGUGAUUCAGGUCUAAUAAACGAGCAUGCAAAUGUAUAAUUACGAUAUAAAUUUGCGUGUGACAAUCUGACCUCCACAAAGCUGCUUUAGAUCUCCAGCUUCUCUUUGUAACAUCUUAUGGAGUUCCAACUUAUGGAGUUCCAAUUAAUUCAUUCUUAUGUAAAUUCUCAAACUUGUUUCUUGUGUAAUGAAUAUAUUAAACAAAUGAAUGUAAGUUGUUAGGUUGUAAAUGUGAAACCUUAACAAUUCUUAAAGACUA